AGCUGUUGUUACCGAAUUAAGAGUUGAUGCCUUUUUAAAGUACUAAAUGUGUUCACGCCUUAGCAUAGUUAUUUUCUUUGGGAUCGUCCUAUCACUUUUGCAGUUGGAUGUUGCAGGGAAUUACAAUCUACAAAAUGCAAAACUGUUCUUUAAAAAUGUAUUUCACAAUACAGCUAAGAAGUUGGCAUUCCUUAAUGUAUAUAAAUUGGAACUAACACGUCAUUCAAUAAGCUUAGAACAAUUCAAUCUCUCUUCAGAAGUGGUCAACUAUGCGGAAAGAAUUGGACGUAUUAUUAAAGCAAUGGAAAACUCUUUGAAGGCGCUUGUCUCUUGGACGGAAGAAGAAGUUUCCAAAUACUCUUGGAAUCCUAAAUUAAAGCCAGACAUCAUAAAGUAUAACGAUCUACGUGAGCUAAAACUUGGUGAUAAACGGCUGGUUGAUGCGCCUGGUUAUCAUUUCAAAAUUAUACCAAAUAAAUCAGGUGUUCAUUUACCGGUAGAAGUAUAUAAUGGGGAUUCUACAGUUUUCCAUACUUUACGAUGGACUGACGUAUUGGAUUCAAUAUUUCCAACUGAACCUAAUUUACAUUUUACAUAUUUUGCAAGUUUCACUGGAAUUUUACGUGUAUAUCCAGCAUUCCCUUGGAGAGAACAAAAUGUUGAUAUGUUUGAUGUUCGUAGACGUUCUUGGUUUAUACAAGGUUCAUCUGUUCCCAAAGAUCUGUUCAUAUUACUUGACACGAGUGGAAGUAUGACUGGUCAAUCAUUAAAACUGGCUAACUUAUCAGCUCAAAAACUAAUUGAAGCUCUAGAUGUGGAUGAUUAUUUCACCGUAGCACAUUUUCCUGGAGCCAAAGAUCAUGUUGCACCAAUGAUUGUCACGGCAAAUAAUGAAAGCGAACCAAUUUGUUUUAAUUCAUUUGUUCAGGCAACUAGACGUAAUAAGCUGCGCCUCUUUUACGAUUUGAGUACUCUGAAAGCACGUGGUUAUUCCGAUUUUCCAGCAUCAUUGAAAUUCGCUUAUGAAAUGUUUCGUAAUUUAACUGGAAGUGCACGAGGAGAUCGUGGUAAAGAACUAAGAAAUAAAAUUCUUGUAUUAUUGACAGAUAAUGCAUUUGUAUUUGAUGAAUCUGUACUCUCACAGCUUAAACAACAAAAGUCUAAUAUUACAACAUUUAUAUAUUCCCUUGGUGAACCUGUUGGAGCGGCUUAUGAACAUAAAAUGAAGGCGUGUGCAACAAACGAUUAUUAUCAGUAUCUACCGACAGUCGGAGCAGUCUCAAAUUUAAUGAAGGACUUUCAUGAAAAAUCAACUCAAAUUCGCUUCGGACCGAAUGCUAGUCCAUUACCAACUGAAGUAAUUCUACAUGGUGCAUCAGAUGUACUACAUACAAACCAGUAUAAAGGCACGGGCUUAAUGGUCAGUAUAUCUAUACCUGUUUACAAUCGAACUGAAAAGUUACAAUUUUUGGGCCUUAUGGGUACAGAACUACCAAUUGAAUUAAUGAUGAAUGGAUUACCUCAAUCAAAACUCUAUCCAACUGGCUACGCAUUCAUUGUUAAUACUAACGGUUAUUUAGUUUUCCACCCUGGUUUGAUUCCUGAAUACCCUUGGUUAGAUGAUAGUCCGUACUUAGACUUUCUUGAUGUUGAAUUCAAUGUUUAUGGAUCAAAAACACUGAUUAGAAAGAAGUUGAUUGAUAAUGCUAGAGGUUCUGAACAAAUUAUUGAUUUCAUCAAAGUGUCAGAUAAUGUGCAUACUUAUGUCAAACCAAGGCUGUAUUCAUUUACAAGACUAUCUAAUACAGAUUUUGGAGUUGCAUUUGUUAUGCCGACUGAUCAACAGUUAUUUUUAAGUAUUCCAAAAUCAAUAAAAUCUAAAAUUACUACAGAUGGUUCAGGAAAUUACAUGAUUGACGAUGUUCUCAUCAAAAAUUUAAUAAAGAAAGCGAAAAUUAUUUUACCAUGGAAGGCAUUAGAUGUGUACAUGAAAAUAAAUGAUCAUGUGUUUAAUUUGGAAACACCUAAUGAACAUGUGGUACUUCAUAGAGACGAAGAUGAUCAAAUAAACGUGAAGGCAACAUUAAUGAACGAGAAGGAGGAAGAAUAUGAAAUAACAAACAAAAAAGAAACUGUAAUGGAAGACAAAGAGGAACGACAACAAUUCACAGCGUCAACAUCAUUGAAUGAUGAGUUUAUUUCAAUGGAAAAUGAACUUCUCUCAUCACAUUUAAAUGAUACAUUUUGUGUAAAUAAUACAAAUUGUUUAAUACGGGAAUCAUUUCUGAGGAAACUUAUCAUUCGAAGUACACCAUCGUCCAGUAAAGUUAAUGAUGAAUCUGAAAAUACUCCAGAUAUUAAAAAUUUUAAUGGUUAUUCUUCAAUAAUACUCACUGAUCAGAUAAAAGAAACAACAAGAGUGCUACAAUCCAGUGAAUCAAUCACACCACCAUCAUCACCCAGAUCUGAGACAUCAGUUGGUGUUAGUGAUAUUCUUAUAGAUAAGAAUAGAUCAUCAAUACAAACACCGGUAGAAAAUACAAGACCUAUGGAUAAAAAACCUAUAACAACUGAAGUAAAUAUGUCAGCCGGUUUUGAAAGUACUACUAUUGCUACCACUGCUACUACUUCAGCCACUUCAGUAUUAUUAACAAGUCCUAAUGAUACAACUAGUCAAUCUACAUUAGACAUGACAAAAAAUGAAGUGGAUGUAAACAAUGAUGGUGUGGGAUCGGAUCGACUCAUCACCGAACAAAAUAAUGAAAUAAGAAAUUUCCUUGAAAAAAUACGGAAUAUUAAUUCUAGUCAAACAGAAUUACUGUCACAAAUUCUGCUGGAGAUUAUGAUUGCAGAGAAAGAUGUCUCGGAAUCAGCUGAAUCAAUCAAACUGAACAGUCCUAUAAUUUCACGAACAAUAGCAUUAAAUACUGGUUUAAUAUGGACAAUACCAAUCAAUACUAAUGAACAAUUUUAUAAUGAAUUAAAACAUUGGCCAAAUUCACCUAUAUUUCAACGUGUGUACGAUUCAUUUAAUUUAAUAUUUUGGGUACGAUUAAGAAUGAAUGAAGAUUCUACAAAAUCGAUAGAGAGCCCGGUCGUGACAGAAGACAAUAGUAAUUCUUUAUUACAAAGUAACACUAAACAAAUAAUUGACAAUGAUACUAUUAACAUUACUGCGCAAACCAGUGAAAAUCAGUUACAGAUAACACCAACAACAACAAACUCAACAAUAAAUAAUACCAAAGAAGAGCAAAACUUGAAUCAGGUCGAUGGUAAUAAAAAUAUUCGCAACAAGGACGAGGUGAUAGAUGAUUAUAAACAUUCACAUAUUGAAAUUGAUGAAUAUUUUGAUGAAUCACUACUAACACUUAAUGAUGAUGAAACCGUUGAAAAUAUGGAAUCAAUAAAUGAAACUAUAAUGAAUAGUCAAGAUAAUACUGCAUUACCAGUAACUAUAUUUACAUCGAUUACAAUUACACAAGGACCAAAUGUUUAUAAAGCUGGAGUUAUGGGUAUAACACUGGAACCAGAUUAUUUAUCUGAACAGUUAAAUAUGAUCCCGGAAUGUUCAGUUACACAAUCGAACAAAUUAUGUUAUUUAUUAGAAGAUGCAGCUAACAUAAUUGCGGUAAACAACAAAUUAUUAUAUUAUCAGAUAGGUCAAUUCCUUGGAUAUAUUGAUCCAGAUCUAAUGAACUCCUUAGUUCAGAAUCAUGUUUAUGGAGUUUUGAAGGAUUAUGAUUUUGAAGGAACAUGCUUUCCUAGAGAAGAUAUGCUUGAGACGACUUCUCCUGGAAUACACCCAAUACCGUCUAUCCUUAUGUACACACAAAGUCUGUUCAAAGUGCGUGUUUGGUUGGAUCGAUUACUGACAGUCGGUUCAGUAAGUGCAUUUAUUACCAGAGCAUUUAUCAUGGGAAUGAUUAGAAUAAUAGGUAAUUUUAAAUUUUCCUGUCGAUUUUUCCUUUUCUCUGUUGCAUUAAACUAUGGAUUAACUGUUGAAAUUAUAUUGCAUUGAAUCAGUAUAUAGUGUAAAGUUUACUUGAUAUGAUGAAGAAGAUGGAAAAGUACCUUUUAAUAAAAUAACAAACAUACACUGGAAUGUAGUGGUAGUGAUAAAUGUUAGAGUUUUAGAUAAUAUCUCAUUUCAUUUAUAGGAUGGGAACUUUGGAAAAUUGUAUAAGAUGUUAAUUGUAUGUCAACAAUGUUAGAGUAAAUUUAAUAACAUAAUGAUUUAAGAUAUUCCGUUGCUUUUCUAUCAGUUUUUAAAUUUUUGAUGUCUUUUUGCGUCGUCCAUUAUGCUAAUACUGCUUCGAUAUAGCCAUUUGUUACAGGUUUUUAAUAGAAUAAAUCAAAUAUGAGUAGCAGUGUAAUCUGGGAUAAUCUUUCCGUCUGGACCUUUAAAGCGAUAGACAUUGGUUUGCAAUGUUGAUGAGAACAUUAAUCUUAGGCUUCACGUACAUCCGGUUGGUGAGUGCUGAACGGGACAAAAUGAGCAUUCUUGAUCCCACCGCUAGUCACAUUCCGUUUAUUCUACUAACAAUUAGAUUGAAUACUUAUAUUAUACUUCUUUUUUACAAUAUAUUUAACUGUACUAAGAAGAAAUAAAAAUGAUUCCUAUUUCUUCUUGAAUACCUCAAAGCUCAGAUCCAUUUUAUCAGCCAGUCAAGUACUUCCUAGAGUGGACUGAAAAUACGCUACUAUAGAUACAAAUGCAAUUAAAACAGUUAAAUAAUAUUCAUCUCUGAUAGAACCCACUUAGAAAGCUAUCGGAUGUCCAAUAAAAAUUCAAGAAUCAAAAAGAACUCAUCAAAGAACAGAUCAUUUGUCGAACUGAGAACUAAUAAAUAAGUAUAGUGUGAGCAAUUCACUAAUCAAAUAAUCGUUUGAGUCAUCUUUCAAAUGUUAAAACGAUCAGUCAAAAGACAAGACAUUGAGGUUAGCUUGAAUACCAGUAUAGAUCGAGGAAGCAUUAGUUAGCUGUUUCAUCCUAGUACGCGACAUACAGUCUCACAUAGUCAGUCAUUGCGGUAAAGUUUCACCUGAAAUUCAUUCAUUAUGAAGACUACUUCACAAAAAUAUCAUAACAUUGGACUAUUGUAUUGUUUCAUAAUAUUGGCCCUUCAUACUUGACUCGGAAUAUAUACAUCUGUUAAGCUUGUUUAAAUCGUUGACAUAUUAGUAUCAUAUGUGUUUCCUUCAUUCUGUCAUUCCAGUCAGUUAUACACAACGAAGAACAUGACAUCUAUGGUCAUCUGUUCAACCUUCCGAAACAUAUUAGCAGAUUGAAAUGAAAUUGUCAACAUAAAUGCCAGAGUAUUAAAAGUAGCAAUAGUAUCAGUAGUACUUAGAAAACAGUAUAACUGUAGAGAGAAGUAUAUAACAAUCUUAAGGCUUAAAAUCUAAGAGAAGUCAAAGACUAGAUGUAUCACUCCAAUAUGGACCAUAUCUGAAUCAUGUCACCUAAUGUCUCUAAUUAAUGGUCACGAUUAUCUAGUGGACGUCAACUAGGCAGCAUAAACCUAUAAAUAUAACUCAGUUCAACAAAGAAUGACUUUAUAUACUGAUAUCAUAUUUUGGCUUAGCUGCUACUGGCUUUUUUCUAAACAACUCCUGCACCAGCAUACAAAGUACGUCAUUGGAUGAGACUGCUUACAUGCCACUCAUUUGUGUACACUUUAUUUACUUUGAUAAUAACAGCUUCAUAGUCAUCCUGUCACGAUAAAUUGUGCAAGUAUUUCUGAAGAUCGUAUACUUGUAUCUGGGUCGGACAACCGUGAAAUCUAACAACACGUGUGUAAACUAACAAGAAGAAAAAACACAAUAGGAGGAAUAGUAAAACAUAAGAAAUCUUAACAAGAAGUAUAUAGCUAAAUAGGGGCCAGUGAGAUCCUAAAAACUGAAGGUAAGUGAUAAUAUGAAGAUCCAAGAUCUAAGGGAACACAAAAAGAAUAAAUCCGUCCGCACUGUUGUAACAGAUUUUGAGCCAUACCACUAUAAGGUCUUCAACCAUUUGUCACAAUUAUUGUGUGAACUACAAACGAGAUGUUACAUUCCCAUAAAGCUCAGGCCAAUAGUCAGUGAAUCUUUGGAUUAUUGCAGUUUUUCAACAUCUUCAUGUACCAUCCAGCAUUCUACAUCAGUGUAGAAGAUGGAUGACCCCUUGCAAUACAUUUCCUGACCACCUAAGUCGUAGUGAACGAGGACACAAGUGGGGAUAAUCGAAUGUUUCUGAACACAAAAUUGCAGAACGUCCUAGUAAAAUCUGAGAACCAUACAGUGAAUACUUAUUUUGCAAAAUGUUCAUCAAUUGUCUCAAGCUUGACUGUUCCUUUUCAAAUAUCAGUCAAUCGUCACAAACUUCAAUGUUCCUGCAUUUCCAUAGCAUUUGCUUUCUGUUUCCGUUCUUUCCUGUUCUAGUUUUUUAAGCUUCUCUAACCAGACAUUAUAUACUAUUUAUGUCGAUAUAAGUAGCACACACUACAAAAGUACAGAACGUUUAUACAUUUAGAAGUCAGAAGUCCCUACAUUUGAUUUAAUACAUAUAAAUAUUUUUUCUUGUCAUUUGUAUUUUCUUUGGCAGUUUCAGGUGAUCUCAACGAUGAUGUCGAUCCACAAAAUAAACCAUAUCAGUGCAUUAAACUAAUUCAUCGCUAUUAUUCAUUAAAUGGAGAGUUAUAUGGUACAAGAAACCCAUCAAUCAAUGUCGGCUUUAACCAUGGAAUUCAAGGAUUUAUAUCAUGUCCUCAACAACGUAAUCGUGAUUGGUCAGUACAGUGGAUUAUCGGUACAAAUCUGUUGUUACUUAUCACAGAUCCAAUAUUUGCUGAAUGUGAAAACAAAACACAUAAUAAUCGUUUACGCCGAGAUCCUGUAAAAGAUGUCGGUACAGAUGUUUGUGAAACUUCUCGUGCUCCGCGCUAUCGUAGACAAUCACAAAAAUGGACAUUAUUUCCGAAUGAUGAUAAGAAUCCACCUGAAUGUUCCAGUACAGAUAGACUAAAGAUUUCACUAUAUAUUGCCAUAAGUUUGAACAUUUUUUCUUUCAUUGUAUUAUUAGUUAUUUAGUUUAUUAAUAUCAGAAACAUUUCUUAUUUCGAAUGUUCACGAACACUGAAAUUAAGGUUUUGUGAAAUAUUUUAUGCUACUUACUAUUAGACAGUAGCACAACAAUGUGAGCCAAAAAUAUCGGACUGAUGGUCAUGGGUUUAAUUAUCUACAUAAUAGUGUGCUUAAAGAUCUUCAUCAUAUUAAAUGACUAUUAUUUG